UAAUAAUUAAUUCAGCCAUCUAUGAAUUCCGCGUAACUGUGAUUGAGUAAUCAUUCACGACCGAAUCGUCUCUAGCCCAACAGGUGUGCGUCUCUUCAGCUCGGUCGAGAGUUAUUUUGUACUAGUUUGCAAAAGCAUGUCAGGUAUGGAGGAUGUCAAAGGGCAAACAGAGGGAGGUGUUACAGAAAAAUCUGAAAUAUCCAUGCCAUCAUCCCAACAGGAACAAGAGGUUGUUAAGAAAAAAUAUGGAGGAAUCAUGCCCAAGAAACCACCAUUGAUCUCUAAGGACCAUGAGCGUGCUUAUUUUGAUUCUGCUGAUUGGGCUCUUGGAAAGCAAGGUGUAGAGAAGCCUAAAGGGCCACUUGAGGCACUUCGUCCAAAGUUGCAGCCAACACAACAGCAAACAAGAUACCGCAAAUCCCUUUGUGGACCAGCAAAUGGUGAAGAUGGAAGUAACUCCCCAUCAGACGAAGCAACCCCAAUGGAUGAGAAAUAGAUGGGGUAACCUUUUGAUCAGAGAUGAUUAUUUAGUUUUACUUUGUUCUUCUGGGAGUGGAGAAAAGGACUUGAAAUUGCUGUCAUGCUUGUUUCCCCAGGGCGCAAAUCAUUCCCUUCUGGCUACACUUGCAAUGUUGUACUUUCUAGAUAUUUUCUUAUCUUCUUCCAUGAUGUAAGACAUCUUAAUGAUCAAAUGGACAAGCAAAUAGAAUUGUGAUGAUAUUCUACUUGUAGCUUUA